ACGAAGUUAAAAAGAAAGAUGGAGUCAAGAGAAAGCAAAACUUCAGAAUGUCCGAUUUGUGGUCGAUCGUUCGAUAUAUCGACAAUAAAUCAACAUGUCAACGAUUGUUUGAAUGACGGUGAUGAUGCCUGUGUUAUUACUCAACCGAACAAAAAACGAAAAUCCACUGAAAUGAACCCAAAUGCAGCAUGGGGAUGUUUAAAAGCGAGCAGUAGCGCAGGGGAAAACGAAAGUAGAGUUAGCCCUGAAAAUGUCAAACGACAUAAAACUCUUCAGAAAAGUUCAACUCAAAGAAAACCAGCUUCUCCCAUUUUGGUAGAUGAAGACAGCAGCAGCAAUGAAUCAAAAGGAGAACUUCAAAAUCAAACUAAAACUUUUUUAUCCAACACAUCAAAUUUUCAAAAUCGACAAAAAACAUUCUUUUCAACUUCAAACAAAUCUGAUGACAAUAAUGUUUCAUCUCAUCCAUCUAAAUCACAAAAUCCAUUUUUCCAAAAGAAAACUAACUCCUCUGUUAAAUCUGCUAAAAGUGAGUUUUCUCCCCUGGCAGAACAAAUGCGACCAUUAACGCUGGAAAAUUAUGUUGGUCAAGAUAAGGCUGUAGGAGAGAAAAGUCUGUUGCAUUCAUUGUUACGAAGUGAUCAUAUUCCAUCUAUGAUAUUAUGGGGACCACCUGGUUGUGGAAAGACAACCCUGGCUCGUAUCAUAGCAGCAAGAUGUAAAAAUGAAGGAAGUGCUAAAUUUGUUCAACUUUCAGCUACAACUUCUGGUGUCAAUGAUGUUAAAGAAGUCAUCAAAGUGGCCAAAAACGACCAGAAAUUGUUGAGACGAAAGACUAUGUUAUUUUUAGAUGAAAUUCACAGAUUUAAUAAAUCUCAACAGGAUACAUUACUACCUCAUGUUGAAGAUGGUACAAUUAAUCUGAUUGGUGCAACAACAGAAAAUCCAUCGUUUCAAGUAAAUAGUGCUUUACUCAGUAGAUGUCGUGUUAUAGUUUUAGAAAAGCUUUCAGCAGACGCCUUAAAGAUGAUUAUAACCAGAGCUUUAUCAGAACUAGGAGCAAAGAUAUAUGAAACGCCAGACGAUAUUGAAAAUAAUACAGCUAGUAAUAGUUUAGAGCCAGUUGUAUGGGUAGAGGAGCAAGCUAUCGGUGUAUUAGCUAAUCUCUGUGAUGGUGAUGCAAGAGCAGCUUUAAAUAGUUUACAAAUGGCCGUUGAAUCCAGAAUUGCUGCUCUUAAAAAUUCUUCCUCCAAACAAAAAAAUACACAGAAAAACGGUUUUGACAAUGUUGCUAUGGUAACCACAGAGCAUAUUAAAGAUGGUUUACAAAGAUCUCAUGUUCUUUAUGACAAAACUGGUGAAGAACAUUAUAACAUUGUCUCAGCUUUACAUAAAUCUAUUCGUGGAUCAGAUGCUAGUGCCUCCCUCUACUGGUUGGCGAGGAUGUUAGAAGGAGGGGAGAAUCCACUUUAUGUAUCUAGACGUUUAGUCAGAUGUGCCAGUGAAGAUAUAGGUUUAGCCGAUCCUUUAGCUUUAAAUCAAGCUGUUGCAGCUUAUCAAGCUUGUCAUUUAAUUGGAAUGCCAGAAUGUGAGGUUAUUUUGGCUCAGUGUGUCGUAUAUAUGGCUAGAGCACCUAAAUCAGUAGAAAUCUACGAAGCCUAUAAUAAAGCUAAGAGAAAGAUUAAAGAACAUGAUGGUCCUCUACCUGGUGUGCCUUUACAUCUACGCAAUGCUCCAACAAAAUUAAUGAAAAAUUUAGGUUAUGGUAAAGGCUAUAAAUAUAAUCCAGCAUUUAAAAACCCUGUAGAGCAAGACUAUUUUCCUGAAGAAUUAAUUGGAACAGAUUUCUUUAAAUGAACAUUUCUGUACUAUUUUUGAUCAGGAAUAAUAAAGAAUGUUUUUUAAGAUUGUUAA